AUGGCGCAGUGGGACGCGCUCGUGGACGCCGCGCUCGCCGGGCUGGCGUCCAGGAGCCUCCUGCGCGCCACGCGCCCCAUUUCGCUCUCACCGCCGCCCGCGACGCCGGAGACCUUCCCAGGCCCCGGCCCGUGGGACCGCGCCGGCGUCGAGAUCCGCCUCGACCGCGCCACGCUCCACCAGUGGCUCGCCGAAGGUGGCGAGGCUAUUGGCCAAGAAGAGGAGCUGGGCGAGAAGCUGAUUCUUUUCUCCGGCAAUGAUUACAUGGGUCUCAGCUCGCAUCCAGCAAUCCGUGAGGCUGCAGCAAAGGCAGCUCAAGAGUACGGCAUGGGCCCGAGAGGCUCCGCGUUGAUAUGCGGCUACACUUCUUAUCACAAAUUGGUGGAGGAAUCGCUGGCAGAGUUGAAGAAAAAAGAGGAUUGCCUUCUCUGCCCCACCGGAUUUUCUGCCAAUAUGGCUGUGAUGACUGCUCUGGGAAGUAUCAGCUCUCUUUUGGCGGUUGGGAGAAAACCCACAGGGGAUGAGAGGAUUGCUAUCUUUUCAGAUGCUCUGAACCAUGCUUCGAUCAUCGAUGGGAUCCGCCUUGUUGAGCGACAGCAAGAAGCUGUAGCGUUUGUCUACAAGCACUGUGACAUGUCCCAUCUCGAUUUCCUCCUGUCCAGUUGCUCAAUAGAAAAGAAAGUUGUUGUCACAGAUAGCUUGUUCAGCAUGGAUGGUGAUUUUGCUCCAUUACCUCAACUUGUGGAAUUACGCAGGAAGUAUGGAUUUCUAUUGGUCAUCGAUGAUGCACAUGGAACACUUGUUUGUGGUGAUAAUGGUGGUGGUGCACCCGAGCUGUUUGAUUGUGAGAAUGAAAUCGACAUAAGUGUUGGUACCUUAAGCAAGGCUGCCGGCUGCCUGGGUGGGUUUGUAGCAUGCAGCACUCGAUGGAAGAGGUUAAUUCAAUCGCGAGGUCGUUCAUUCAUAUUUUCAACUGCUUUACCCGUGCCAGUAGUUGCCUCUGUUCAUGCGGCCCUCCAUGUCUCAAGGAAGGAACAAUGGCGGAGAACAUUGGUCUGGAGGCACGUGCAGUAUUUUGCCUCUUUGACGAAACUUGAUAUAACUAGUCCCAUAAUAUCCAUAGUAGUUGGAAGUGAAGAAGCAGCACUGAGGGCUGGCAGGCAUAUGCUGAGAUCUGGAUUUCAUGUUACACCAAUUCGACCGCCCACAGUACCACCCAACUCAUGCAGGUUGCGAAUAACUCUGAGCGCUUCUCAUUCCUCGGAUGACAUCAAGAGGCUAGUCGAUGCGCUCACUCCCUGGCUACCAGGCAAACAUGCCAAGCAGAGUUUUUCCAAGGGGCAUGCUGAACAGAGCUUCACCACGUCAUCAAAACUGUAAGCAGCCUAAGCUAAAACUCUAUUGAGGCGGCGCUGAAUGUACUGGAUUACGUGGGUGAAACUGGAGCAAUAGCUAGAUGUUGACGUGGUCAUUCACUCAUUUGUAUCAAUUUGCCGCAUACCAUGAAAUGUUUCCACAAUACUACCCUGGAAGAUAUCCGUUUAGAAAUGGAAUGGGUAUUUCCAUACAUAGGGACUUUGUACUAUUCUGUAAUUGGAAACAUCCUCUGUGGUAAGUAUAGGCUACUGAAUUGUUUGUUAAGCAGCGCAGGAACGCAGAAAUCUUGCCAGGAAUAGAAAUUUCACAGGAUUGGGAAAUAGUUCCCGCUAUCUGAAA